AUGACAUCCAAACGCACUCGCUCAAGCCUCUUCGCUGCUCUCACCAUCCUCCUCCUCCUCUUCUAUCUCAACCAAUACCAAGACUUCGCGUCUCAUUCAGCAUUUUCGUCAUCGCAUCACAACUCACCCGAUAUCGACUGGUCACGUUUCGCAUAUACACAAUAUGUCACCAACAGCGAGUAUCUGUGCAACUCGCUGAUAUUCUUCGAAGCUCUGCAGCGUCUUGGAAGUCUACCUGAUCGUGUUAUGAUGGUCCCUGAGAGCAUGCUUGAGCCAGAGAUGGAGAACUCAAGCGAUGCUUAUCUACUGAACAAGUCACGUGAUGAGUACAAUGUCAAGAUUGUUCCUAUUACUAUCCAGACGCGCUGGGCUGGCGAUGUAACUUGGGCCGACUCCUACACCAAGCUUCUAGCCUUCAACCAGACGAAGUAUGACCGCGUCCUGUCCAUCGACUCAGAUUCUGUCCUCUUACAACCCAUGGAUGAGCUGUUCUUCCUACCAGCCGCACCAGUGGCCAUGCCUCGAGCAUACUGGAUAUCUCCCGAAAAGAUCCUCUCAUCCCAAGUCAUGCUCAUCCAACCUUCCGAGAAAGAAUUCUUCCGCAUCAUGGAAAGAAUGCAGUCGGUGAAAUCUGGCGAGUACGACAUGGAAAUCGUCAACCAGCUCUACGGCGACAGCGCUUUGAUCUUUCCCCACCAUCGCUACGACCUCCUAAGCGGGGAAUUUCGCAACGACGACCAUGCUCAUUAUCUUGGUUCAGAGCUUGAAACGUGGGAUCCUGCUACGGCGUAUAGCGAGGCUAAACUAAUUCACUUUUCGGACUGGCCGCUGCCAAAACCUUGGAAACCUACGCCUGAGGACGAGCGUCUUGGGGCACAACCGAAUUGUUCACGAAGAACAAGCGGAGAAGAGGACUCCCAACCACAUCCCUUCGCAAGCUCCCAGACUCUCGACUUUAUUACAAUGGUAAACGCAAACGCCAACUUCCCCUUGAACCCCAAGUAUGAGAAUCACGCUAACAAAAACGCCGAAGGCACCGUGACGGAGAGCUUCUGGCCUAACAUCCGGAAGCACAUCCUCAGCGAUGAUCCCAACGCUAAACCCAUGAAAGCUAUCUGCGCCGUCUGUUGGGAUGAACUUUACGUAACAUGUAUUUCAUCCCCCGAUGAGAAACUCGACAUCGCUCUUGUAACUCCUUGCGGCCACAUCAUGUGUCCAAGAUGCUUGCCACGCAAGGUCUUCGACUAUUACGCCGAAAACUUCGUCGCAAAGCGCAAGUGCCCUAUUUACAAGACCGGACUUGAAUGUGUGGUCUGUAAAAAGACUUGCAACAAAGAGAUGAUCCCCACGUAUGGUGGAAAAGCUAGUAUCGAGUCUUUUCCGGAGACUGCUCCGGAGUGUGGAUGA